UUCUACUUUUUUAGGUAACUGCUGUGAACUUGCAUGGAGAUUCUCUUCAACCCUUCGGAAGAAGCUCCUAUUGAAGUGUUACUUCUGUGUUACUUCCAUGAACAACCUGGACGUCUCUGUGAGAUGGUUGCAGUUCCAUCUUUGUUACAUUUUUGUAUCACUCUUGCUCCAGUAUUCUGACUGAUAAAUAAAGCUUUGCUGAUCUUUUUGUAGCCCUCCCCUGUCUUGUGUAAGGAAAUGAUUUUCUUUCUCAGUCCUUGCGACCUUUCUCUUCCAUGUGGUGCCAUUGCUGACAGCAU